GUAUAAUCCCAUGAAACACCAAAUUAUAAAACUGACAACAAAUAGAUUAUACAAAGCACUUCGUUUAUGCAGUGAAAACCUUGUAGCAUCCUUGCUUCCCGACAAAUUUACGUUCCCUCCUCUUUUCAAAGCUUGUGCCAAGCUUAACUCACUAAUUCAUGGCCAGAUCCUCCAUGUGCAUCUCAUCAAGACCGGAUUUUCCCACGACAUCUACGCUGCUACAGCUCUCACAGGUAUGUACGUGAAAUUGGCUGACUUUGAAUGUGCACUGAAGGUGUUUUAUGAAAUGCCUGACCGGAACUUGGCUUCUUUAAACACGAUGAUCUCUGGGUUUGGGAGAAAUGGGCACCGUAAAGAAGCUUUGACAGUGUUUAAAGAGAUGUGUUUUGGAUUGUGGAGGCCUAAUUCAGUCACUAUAGCUACUGUCUUGCCAGCUUGUCAAAGUCUUAAACUUGGCAUGCAAGUUCAUUCUUUGGCUAUCAAGAUAGGAGUUGAGUUGGACGUUUAUGUGGCAACUUCAUUGCUGACUAUGUAUUCUAACUUUGGAGAAAUAGUUCUAGCAUUUAAUAUGUUUGUUAAGAUGACCAAUAAGAAUGUUGUGAGCUAUAAUGCUUUUCUUUCUGGGCUUCUGCAAAAUGGGGUUCCACUUAUGGUGUUGCAGGUGUUUAAGAGCAUGAUUGAGAGUUGUCAAGUAGGACGACCCAAUUGUGUUACUUUCAUUUCUGUUAUAUCAGCAUGUGCAAGUCUUUUCUACCUACAGUUCGGCAAACAGGUUCAUGGGGUUCUUAUGAAAUCUGAGACACGGUUUGAUACAAUGGUUGGAACUGCACUUGUCAAUAUGUAUUGCAAAUGUCGGACUUGGCAAUGGGGCUAUGAUGUUUUCAACGAGAUGAAAGGAAGCAUGAAUUUGAUAACAUGGAAUUCAAUGAUAGCAGGGCUGAUGUUAAACAAUCAAAGUGAGAUGGCUGUCGUGCUGUUUGAGGAGUUGGAAGUUGAAGGAAUGAAACAAGAUUCAGCGACAUGGAAUUCAAUGAUAAGGGGAUUUUCACAGUUAGGGAAAGGAGUCGAUGCUCUUAAAUAUUUUGAGAAGAUGCAGUCUGCUGGUGUAAAACCGAGUUUAAAAUGCAUGACCAGUCUUUUGCCAGCUUGUUCAGUUUUGUCUGCUUUAAAGCAGGGGAAAGAGAUUCACGGGCUUGCUAUUAGAAUGGGUAUUAGUAACGAGGAGUUCAUGGCUACCGCACUGAUUGACAUGUAUAUGAACUGUGGGUAUACCUAUUGUGCACGUAAAAUUUGUUAUCAGUUCGAGUCGAAGCCUGAUGAUCCGGCAUUUUGGAAUGCAAUGAUUUGUGGUUAUGGAAGAAAUGGAGAGAAUGAAUCAGCAUUUGAGAUUUUUGACUUGAUGCUGAAGGAAAAUGUAAAACCAAAUUCAGCUACUUUCAUUGCUGUUCUAUCUUCAUGUAGUCACACUGGUCAAGUUGACAAAGGAUUACGAGUUUUCAAAAUGAUGGGUAAAGAUUGUGACUUGAGCCCAAAUCUUGAGCAUUUUGGUUGCAUAGUUGAUCUUUUGGGUAGAUGUGGAAAACUAGAGGAAGCUAAAGAACUAAUACGAGAACUGCCAGACUCUCCUGCUUCAAUUUUCGCCUCUCUGCUUGGUGCUUGUAGGUAUCACUUUAACUGUGAGCUAGGAGAAGAAAUGGCUAUGAAACUUUCAGAGUUAGAACCAGAGAAUCCAGCUCCUCUCGUGAUACUGUCCAACAUAUACGCUGCAGUAGGAAGGUGGGGAGAUGUGGAAAGAAUUAGACAAAUGAUAGAUGACAGAGGAUUGAGAAAAUUCCCUGGAUUUAGUUCAAUAUCCGUAACAUGAAAAGGAACUUCUUACAACAUCUGAAAAAUAUUCUUUUUCUCCACCAUAUUCAAACUCUUCUUCAUCUUCUUGG